UGAAGAAUCAUUGACAGUUUUUUCAAUGGUAGAAAUUCGCGGCACAGAUCCCCACCUAAAUAGUGGAAAAACAAGCCACACUGCAACUACCUAUUUACAUCCCGCACCCUUCAACAAACGAAUAUCAGCUAGCUGAUAAUUAAUACCCACAUACUAAAUCCUCAAGGAGCCACGAGAAUUCCAAGGCACAAUAGAUAGCCAUGUCAGGAGACGGCAUAGCUGCGGAAUGGAGAGCCAUCCAUGGCCUCAACAACUGGGAGGGCAUGCUGGAACCCCUUCACCUGGGCCUCCGAAAAUCCCUCCUCCUCUACGGAGACCUCAUUCAGGCCACAUACGAUGCCUUCAUAAGCGACCCACAUUCCAAAUAUGGUGGAAGCAGCAGAUACGGCAAGAAAGAUUUCUUUCACAAGGUUGCGCUGUCUGCACCAGGGGACUACGAAGUCACCCAUUUCCUCUAUGCCACUGCCAGCGUGGACCUCCCGGGGGCAUUCUUCGUCAAGUCUCUGUCCAGAGAAGCCUGGAGCAAAGAGUCUAACUGGAUCGGCUACGUGGCAGUGGCCACGGACCAGGGAAAGCAACGAUUGGGGAGACGAGACAUCGUGGUCGCCUGGAGAGGCACAAUUCGUGACAUGGAGUGGAUCGAUGUCCUCAAUCCGGGAAAACACUCCAUUGUUCCUCUUUUAACCAAAUCCAAAGCCCCUGCCAAAGUCCGCCACUGGUAUAACCUCGAUCCUCACCACUCUUCUUCUUCUGAAGACGAAGACGAUGACAAGGACCCCAAGGUGAUGAACGGCUGGUAUGUAGUCUACACUUCUAGUGACCCAAAAUCCCCCUUUGUGAAAAGCAGCGCCAGGGACCAAGUUCUGGGGGAAAUUAGGCGGCUGUUGGAGGUGUACAAGGAUGAGGAAGUGAGCAUCACAACUGUCGGUCACAGCCUGGGGGCCGCCUUGGCGGUGCUCAGCGCAUUCGACAUGGUAGAGAAUGUGGUCGCGGAAAUGAGACCGGACGUCCCGGUGACGGCCUUCGUGGUGGGGUCACCUGGUGUGGGGAAUCCGGAGUUCAAGCGGCGCUUCGAUGCUCUGCCGCAGCUGCGGAGUCUGCAUGUGGUGAAUGUCAUUGAUUUGAUUCCGCUGUACCCGAGCAGACUACUUCAUUACGCGGACAUUGGGAGCAGGCUGGAGAUCGAUACGCGGAAGUCCCCUUUUCUGAAGGAGUCGAAGAACCCGAGUGACUGGCACAAUUUGCAGGCGCAGCUGCACAUUGUGGCCGGGUGGCAGGGUAAGGAGGAGGCUUUCAAGCUUGCUGUGGAGCGUAGCGUGGCGCUGGUGAAUAAGUCGAGUGAUGUUCUGAAGGAUGAGUGUCUGGUUCCGGGGUCAUGGUGGGUGGAGAAGAACAAGGGAAUGGUACAGGACGAUAAGGGUAUGUGGGUUAUGGGUGACCUCAAUGAUGAUGACGUUCCCAAGCCAGAAGACUGAUUAGUCUUGUCACCCCCUGCGAUUUCCAGAGAUUUCGUGGGGAACUUGUUGUGCCAUCAGGCUACGGCCUUAUCUCCCACGUCCUCAAUGUUAAAACAUCGUUUCAUUAAUAUCAUGUUAUGUUAUUUUCAUUAA